AAAAAACUCUUAAGACUUUAGAUAAGAUUAAUUUGUGAUCAUCUGAACUGAAUGGAAAACAAAAAAUGCGUACCUCAUGUGUUGGUCGUUCCUUAUCCAAGUCAAGGCCAUGUCAACCCUAUGCUUGAAUUUUGCAAACGCCUUGCUUUCUAUGGCCUCAAAACCACUUUUGCCAACACCGUCUUCAUCUCCAAAUCCUUCAACCCUACUCCAUCUCCCUCCGUCCAAUUCGACACCAUCUCCGACGGCUUCGACGAUGGCGGCUUUGCUCAGGCUGCUAAUGCCGCCGACUACUUAGCCCGGAUGGUAGCCGCCGGCUCCAAAACCCUAGCUGAGCUCAUAACGAGGCACAACAACUCCUCCAACCCUAUAGACUUUGUGGUGUACGACCCCUUCUUACCAUGGGCUCUGGACGUGGCCAAGCGGUUCGAUUUAGCCGGAGCUGCCUUCUUCACUCAGUCAUGCACCGUCAACUAUGUGUAUUAUUGUGUUCAUCACGGAGUGUUGAAGCUCCCCAUUUCUUCGUUCCCCGUCGCCGUCGACGGCUUUCGGUUUCUCGGUGGCCUUGAAGACAUGCCGUCCUUCAUUGGAGUGGAGGGUUCUUAUCCGGCUUACUUUGAGAUGGUUUUGAGCCAGUUUUCGAAUACUCACCAAGCUGAUUUCGUCCUCGUCAAUUCCGUCUACGAGUGGGAGGAAGAGGUGGUGAAUUCUAUGUCAAAAGUAAGCCCGUUGCUCACAAUUGGGCCAACAAUUCCCUCAAUAUACCUAGACAACCGCAUCAAAGAAGACAAGGAAUACGGCCUUGAUCUAUUUACGGCAGACUCAUCUCUUUCCAUCAGCAAUUGGCUCAACAGUAAGCCCGAAAAAUCUGUUGUUUAUGUCUCCUUUGGAAGUAUGGCAAACUUAAGUGUCAAGCAAAUGGAGGAGCUUGCCUUGGGACUCAAAGCCACAAACUUGUUCUUCCUUUGGGUGGUUAGGGCUUCUGAAGAGCCAAAGCUUCCUCACAACUUUGCCCAAGAGACGCGCGAGUUUGGAUUGAUAGUGAAAUGGUGUGCUCAAAUGGAAGUUCUUUCGCACCCUUCUGUUGGGUGUUUUUUCACACAUUGUGGAUGGAACUCCACAGUUGAGGCUCUCAGUUUGGGAGUGCCAAUGGUGGGAAUGCCACAAUGGACCGACCAACCCACCGAUGCGAAACUUAUUGAGCAUCUGUGGAAGGUUGGAGUAAGAGUUAAAGUUGGCGAGGAUGGGAUUGUGGGGAGAAAAGAGAUUGAGCAUUGCAUUUGGCAAGUUUUGGAGGGUGAUAGGGGAACAGAAAUAAGAAAGAAUGCUAAGAAAUGGAGGAACUUGGCUUUGCAAGCAAUUAGUGAUGGUGGCAGUUCCGACAAGAACAUUCGUGAAUUUAUAUCAAAGCUAAUAUGAUCACUCUGAAAAUUAUACUAGCUAGUCAAUGAUUUACCUCUUGCAUAGUCACUACGUGUGUAUUCAUUAUGUCAAAGCUAAAUAACCAGUACUCUAUAUGCGGUGUGUUUAUAUCAAAGUUGUGUAAUUAUGAAUGUAUUG